AUGCACUUGUGGCCGUCGACGGUACUCCGAGACUCUUUCAAAUUGGCCCACCUGCGCCAACUCGAUUGGAACCUCCGCCGCAUGAGUUUCGAAGAAAGCCGGGGAACAGCGGCCCACGGCGCCGACGAGGGCGGCGUUCCUCUCCUAUCCAAAGAGGACUCCGAUCGCCAGCCUUCCCAGCUCGUGGGGCUAUGCCGGGGAAUCCUCUUUCUCUUCGUCUACUGCUGCAGCUGCAGCUGCAGCUGCUGCGGAGGUCAGCUGCUCUUCCAAGUUCUUUUCUCCGCAAUAUUUCUCCCUCCAGCACCAUCCGUGAUCACAAGAAGAAAAAUAGAACCAUUCCCCUUAACCAUAAUAGUUGAUGCUUUCCGAUUGGUUAUUUCCGCGCAUCUCGAGAGGGGAAGGCUCUCUUCUCUGAGUUAUUUCCGCGCAUCUCUGCCUUGUUUUGGUCUCCCCCCUAAGCCAACACCCGGCCGCAUAAAAAGGCAGCAAAACCUCCGAUUUCGAGGGAUCAUAUUUAUAUUUUUUAAAAAAUAAUAUUUUCAGCCCGUAAAUCACUUCCGCACCCAGCCUCUCUGAGAAGGUAUAGCAUCACCGGGCGAGAUCCCGGUCGUCAGUCCUUGGACGCUGCUCUGCGUGGCCAAUCCUCCGAUUUCGAGGAUCAGUUCUCGAGCAUUCGAGGAUCGCUUCAGUUUGAGCCUUGAUCCGUUCUCCCCUCGUUUGUUUGGUCCUGAAACUGCUGACUUCUUCCCGCAAUAAUCUCCGUGUAGUGGGUCAUACGUAUGGCAUUCAAUCUCUCGGUCCAUUGAUUUCAGCAUGUGCCGACGACGACGAUAGGUGA